AUGUAUCGACAACUGGUAGGUAGUCUUAUCUAUCUAACCCUUACUAGUCCUGACUUGGCAUAUGCAGUUGGAGUAGCAAGCCGUUACAUGCAAAAUCCAAAGAAGCCACAUUUGGAAGCAAUUCGGUGGAUACUGCGAUACUUGAAAGGAACUACAGAUUACGGUAUUUUAUACCAUAAAGGUGAAGGAUGCCAAGUAACUGGAUACUGUGACGCUGACUACGCUGGAGAUUGUAACACGAGGCGGUCGACUACAGGUUACAUCUUCAGUCUAGGAUCAGGAGUAGUGUCAUGGUGCAGUAAGAGACAACCUACUGUAUCCCUCUCCACCACCGAAGCUGAGUAUAGAGCUGUAGCUAUGGCAGCGCAAGAAAGCACGUGGUUGAUGCAAUUGAUGAGAGAUCUUCAUCAACCGAUUGAACAAGCAACAAUUCAUUGUGAUAACAGGUCAGCAGUGUGUUUAGCAGAAAAUCCAAUGUUUCAUGCUAGGACCAAGCAUAUUGAGGUGCACUACCACUUCCUAAGAGAAAAAGUGCUGCAAGGUAAGAUUCACAUGAAGCUGAUGACCACAAAAAAGCAAGUUGCUGAUAUCUUCACUAAAGGUCUCAGCACAAAGAAAUUUGAAGGUUUACGUGCACAACUAGGUAUACUCAGGAAAGCAUCAAUUCAAGAGAAAGUCGGUGCUGAGGAGGAGUGA